AUGACGUCAUCAUCACCGUCUCCUAAACCCUCAAUGCUCUUGUACUGGCACGAGAACCAAUACGACGAUCGGAACUUCCAGAUCCACGGCCGGACAAUCUUCUUCGCCAUGGCUCUCAUCUCCGUCGUCCUCUUCCUCGCACUACUCACUCUCUACGUCCACCGGACCUGCCUCAUACGCAAUCCCAUUAGUCUCCACCAGCCGUCUCCUCCUCUCACGCGGUGCGUUAGCGGAGGGCUUGAUCCGGAAGUGAUUCGGAGCUUGCCGGUGCUACUUUGCCGUAGAGAAGCGGAGGAGGAAGAGAGGGAGUGUUGUAUAUGUCUCGGUGGUUUCGAGGAAGGGGAGAAGAUGAAAGUGCUGCCUCCGUGCCGCCAUUGUUACCACUGCGAAUGUGUGGACCAGUGGCUUAAGACGGAGUCGAGUUGUCCGCUCUGCCGAGUCUCCAUACGAGUCGACUCGUCCGUGUCGAUAACCACGCAGCGAGACUGA